AUGCUACGCGUCUGUCUGCCUCCGUUACCGCCAUUCCUUUUCGCGGCUCUCGUCGUGAGCGGCCUGGCCUCCAAGGCCUUGCAUAUUGCGCUGCAUAUUCGAUCGCUUCCCUUUGUUUAUUUCAUUCUCUUCUCGCCGACAUUGGUACUGCCUGACUUGGUCGUCAUUGCGGUCACCCGGCUCUUGCUGCAAUUUUCGUCGCCAGAAACUCGACUACAAUGGAUUUCAACAUAUAUCGGGGGGUUUCUCUCCUUAAUCACAUGGGGCGCGUCCUCCAUCCAAUUCGGCUUUUUCAUGCAGACAGGCGCCGAGGUCGCCUGGGCCGCCAGCAAUAGUUUCUUGAGUGACCCGGCAGCCAUGAAGAUCUUGCUGAGCGGCAUCACCACCGUUUCUGCUGCGGCUACUGCUUUAGGGCUGGUGGCAUUUCUGGUUCAUUCGCGGCUUUAUAAUUUCACGGGCCUUGGAUUGCAGGCGAUCCGAGAUCUAUGCGUGGGAAGCCUUGAAGCCCGACAUAGCAUCCCCACAUUCUCUAGCAAGGCCUGGGUAGCCUCGGCCAACCCGCAAUCGCUGCGACGCAUCACUGUUGCUGCAGCCGCCUGCGUGUCGUUGCUGUUUUUAGAACUCGUGCGGCCCUCGGUGCCCUAUGACCAUCUCUCAGGUGCUCUUCCAUUGACGCUGCUGGACGCCUUUCGCAAAACGUCUGCCACGGUUGACAGCUGUUCUGUCGCCGCCAACCCUUUCCCGUUUGGUCUUCCGCCUGGGUUUCAGACCAACUCGUCGGUCGCCGAUCCGUGGUCGCGACCGGCGUGGCUCCCGCAGAACCCGCCUGCAGGGUUCAGCCGUUGGCAUCUGAGCCCUGAGGAACGUUUGAGAAAAGACAACACCUCUGCGUGUGGAAACCCUCAAGGGAAGCUCUUCGACCCGAAAAACGACCCGCUCAAGAUCUCCAAUCUGGGUGGUGAGGUGUUGGAACCCCUGCAAAAGGCUUUUAAGGAUCACUCCGUGCAUGUCGACCAUGUCGUCUUGCUGACCCUCGAAAGUGGUCGCAAGGAAGUCUUCCCCAUGCAGCAGGGCAAUUACAUGUUCGACGCUCUUCUCGAUUCGCAUCGCAAGUACAAACAAGACCAGGCGAUCGAUGAAUUGGUUCGGUUGACUCCGGUCGCACAGAUGCUGACUGGUGAGCGUGCAACGGAUAGCAAGGGUCAGCAAGUCAACCUGAGCCACGCCCAAUGGCAGGAUUCGGCGAAAGAAGGAAUGGGUGGAAUCAACAUCCGUGGAGCAGUCACGGGCAGCAGCUUGACCUUCAAGAGUCUCCUGGGGAGUCAUUGCGGGGUGCACCCGUUACCCGUGGAUAUGCUGGAAGAGAGCGGGCUUGAGAUCUACCAGCCGUGUUUGCCGCAGAUCUUCAAGCUGUUCAACGAAGUGAAGUCGCAGGCCAAUUCAACCAACACAUCGACGAAUGCGUUGAAUUACCCCUGGAAGCCUGUGUUCAUGCAAUCCAUUACCGACGACUUCGACCGCCAGAACAUCUUGAAUGAUCACAUGGGCUUUGAGGAGACAGUCGUCCGGAAUAACUUGAGAUCCUUGUAUGGGAAAUACCGUGCGCAAGGCGACGAGGUCAACUAUUUCGGAUAUGCCGAAACCGAGUUGCGACCAUAUCUGCGAGAUCUUUUUGACGAAGCUGCCAAAAACAAAACCCGCAUGUUUCUUUCGCACAUCACCAGCACCACGCACCACCCGUGGGGCACGCCCGAUGACUUCCCGGAAGAGCAGUACUUGGGCAAUCAAGGCGACGUGCGCCAUACCCAAAUGAAUGAUUACCUGAACACCGUGCGCUUCGUCGACGGCUGGCUGGGUGAGGUGAUGAGCAUGCUGGACGAGGCGGGCAUCGCCAACAAGACCCUGGUCGUUUUUGUCGGCGACCACGGCCAAGCUUUUGCCGAGGACGACGAGGCCGUGACCGGCACCUAUGAGAACGGCCACAUCAGCAAUUUCCGUGUGCCGCUAGUUUUCCGCCACCCACAACUGCCUCGCAUCGACAUCGCUGCCAAUGCAACAUCCAUUUCCAUCAUCCCCACCAUUCUGGACCUUCUCGUGCAGACGCAGUCUCUAGACGAGCGCGACUCCGAGAUUGCCUCGGCCCUGCUGCCAACGUACCAGGGCCAGUCGCUUAUCCGCCCAUUUGUUCCAGCCGUCGAGCGGCAUCCCAUGGAGCAAAACUACACCAAUGCCGCGAUUCACGCCCGAUAUUCGCCGGAAGAAGGUCCUCGGGUACAGCCUGUUUGGAACUUUGGUCUCAUCAACGCCGGCGGCUCCAUGCUUUCCGUCACCACGGCUAACGACCCAUACCGUCUCGUCCUGCCGAUCAAAGAUGGUUUCGAGUAUACUUUCAGCCAUUUGCUCGACGACCCUGGCGAGCGGAAGCGCAUGAAGGCAUGGACUUUGAAGGAUCUCAUUAAAUCGGUUAAACCCAAGUACGGCGACGAAGCCGCCGCCUGGCUCCAAGAUGCCGAACAACUUGGUAAAUGGUGGGUCGUCGAACAAAGGCGUAUCUGGGGAUAUCAGGAAUCUUAA